CUGCAAUGAAGUAGAUAGCUGUUUGCCAGAACCUGUUCUCCCUCAUGUGUUUGUGGAUGUAUGUGCACCUGGGAGAGAGGGAAGCAAAGAGGGAAGCACAGAGUGAAACAGUUCUUGGGCUAUGUUGACAGAUGAAUUCUUCCUCAGUUGUCAGAUUUCAAGCCUGUCAGCAGUGCUGCUGCUAUGGAGUCACCGACUAAGGAGAUUGAAGAAUUUGAGAACAACUCUCUGAAAUACCUACAGCCAGAGCAAAUAGAGAAAAUCUGGCUCCGUCUCCGAGGCUUGAGAAAAUAUAAGAAAACAUCACAGAGAUUGCGGUCUUUGGUAAAUCAGUUAGAGAGAGGGGAAGCUUCAGUUGUAGAUCUAAAGAAGAAUUUGGAAUAUGCGGCGACUGUUCUUGAGUCAGUAUACAUUUGUGAAACCAGACGUUUACUGGACACAGAAGAUGAACUCAGUGAUAUCCAGUCUGACUCUGUGCCCUCAGAGGUCCGCGACUGGUUGGCUUCCACCUUCACACGGCAAAUGGGGAUGAUGCUCAAAAGGACUGAGGAAAAACCCCGGUUCAGGAGUAUUGUCCAUGCAGUGCAAGCUGGGAUAUUUGUGGAAAGAAUGUACAGGCGUACUUCAAAUAUGGUCGGCUUGAGCUACCCACCAGCUGUAAUUGGAGUGCUAAAGAAUGUAGACAACUGGUCCUUUGAUGUAUUUGCACUAAAUGAUGCCAGUGGGGAUCAUGCACUGAAAUUCAUUUUCUAUGAACUUCUCACACGCUAUGAUCUGAUAAACCGUUUCAAGAUUCCCAUUUCUGCCUUGGUGUCUUUUGUGGAAGCUCUGGAGGUUGGCUACAGUAAACACAAAAAUCCUUAUCACAAUCUAAUGCAUGCUGCAGAUGUCACACAGACAGUCCAUUACCUCCUUUUCAAGACAGGAACAGUGCACUGGCUGACAGAGCUGGAGAUCUUCGCUAUGAUUUUCGCAGCUGCCAUACAUGACUAUGAACACACUGGAACCACCAACAAUUUUCACAUCCAGACACGGUCAGACUCAGCCAUUCUGUACAAUGACCGGUCUGUGCUUGAAAAUCACCAUGUUAGUGCGGCAUAUCGUCUUUUGCAAGAUGAUGAAGAGAUGAAUAUUUUAUCUAAUCUCUCAAAGGAUGAUUGGAGGGAGUUUAGAGCUCUAGUCAUUGAGAUGGUGUUGGCUACCGACAUGUCCUGUCACUUCCAGCAAAUCAAAGCUAUGAAGAAUGCUUUGCAGCAACCAGAAGGAAUUGACAAGCCGAAAGCCUUAUCACUGUUAUUACAUACAGCAGAUAUCAGCCAUCCAGCCAAAGCCUGGGAUCUCCAUCAUCGCUGGACCAUGUGUCUGCUAGAGGAGUUCUUCAGACAGGGUGACAAAGAAGCAGAACUAGGGCUGCCCUUCUCUCCUCUGUGUGAUCGGAAAUCUACUAUGGUUGCUCAGUCUCAAAUAGGUUUCAUUGAUUACAUUGUGGAACCCACCUUUACUGUGCUGACUGACAUGACAGAGAAAAUUGUGACUCCGCUAAUUGAUGAAGCUUCCCACUCUGGCAUGUCUGGAUUUAGGAGUUCCAGUUUGAAUAGCAUUAGUCCCUCUGGAGUUAAAAGAUCAAGUGUCAAUGUCACUGGGUCCGAAGGAAGUGCCUCACCCAACUGCUCAGUACUCACUGUGGACUUCAAAUGUUUUAAAGCCACCUGGACUGAGGUGGUGCAGCAGAACAGGGAGAAAUGGAAAGCACAAGCCACCAAAGAAGAAAAAGCUAAGAAAGAAUCAGAGGAAAAUGCUGGUCAGGGAACAGAUGAAAAGGAAAGAGAUGAACAGGAUGGGAAGCCAGGUGAAGAUGUCACAGAAGCAAAGACAAAAAAGAGCAAAGAACCAAAUCCCGGGGAAAGCAAAAGUGCAGAUUCCAGUAAGAAUCCUGUAAAUGGCACCUGGCAAAGUGGUAUGAGCACACAUGAAGCCUAUAAAGAGAAAAAUGCACCUAGGACAGAUAAGAAAAUGUAUCCUCAUCAUACUGUGGAAGAAGAGAAACAGCAUGUCCAGAAUGGUGAAUUAAAGGAAGACAAUAAAUUGGACAGAAAAGAUAAGUUUAGUGUGGGGGAUGAAUCAAAGAAAGCAGAUGAUACGGAAGAGUAAAAAUACAUUAAAAAAAGAGACUGCAAAUCUCUUUCAUCAUUUUUUCUGACCUUCUUCAUUCCUGUUCUCCUACUCCUGCAAAGACCAGUUUCUGGGAAAGGCAUUAAACGACUUUUGAAACACUUCUCUCACUGGCUACUUCACAGCUGAUGACUCUGGGUUCAAGGGUGGGGGGUCUUGUUUUUUUGGUUAAUUUUGUUUGUUUGUUUGUUCUUGUAUGUAUGUUUUUUAUUGUUGUUUUUUCUGGAAGUUAUUUUGUUAGAAGGUCAAAUUGUGAUUUCAUGAUGUAAACAGUUCCAUUUUUCUGGACAGGUCAAGCAAAUUCUUCAGAUGCUGUUUUUGCCCUUUGCUGUGCCUCAGCUUGUGAAACCAACACUAGGAUGAUACAAAAGAAUAUAAAAAAAACCCAACUAAACCAAAAAUUCCUUGAUAAUAAUUCACUUUUUCUUUUCACUGAAAGCCUUUUCCAAUUGCUAGUAGACAGAAUUUGAUAUCAGUUUUACCCCUGUAGAAGAUUUUAUUAAUAAGAACAGUGAAUUUGUAGAGCCAUUUGACCAUUUCUUGGGAUUUGAUAUCUUUCACAGGUAAUGAUAUGAUAAAUGAUAAUAAAUGAUAAAAAAUGAUAAUCAAUGAUAAAAAAUUAUAUCAAUGAUAAAAAAAAUUUUCUUUCUAAACAGCAGUCAGACUCCCUCAACCCUUGAUUUUGUUCUUUUUGCAGUUAGGAAAGGAAUAACCAAUGAAAGCAAUAUUCUCUUGGGGAAAAUUUUGUUGUCAGACUCUGAACAUGUAUUAAUGUAUGGUGUGAUGUGCCUGCAUAACUUGAUAUUGCAGAAAAUUAUCUGUUUCCCACAUUUUUUCAUGGCCCACUAGUAAUAGCUGUUUGUCCAACCUGAAGAUCUAGGAGAGGAGCAUCAGGGAAUCACAUGGACCAAUUUUUACUUUCAUCUCAGUUUGCUUUGUCAUCAUUGACUGAAUGGACAGUCCAAUGAAAAGGAAAAGCAUUGUUGUAUAAGGAUGGACAGAAAAAAAACCAAAAUAAGAAUGUAUGAGGAACAUCAAGCACAUUUGUUUUUCUGGCUUGGGAUCUUAAUUGGAAUUCAUCUAAUUACAAGCAAUUUUACAUGUUUAUAUGGAAGUCAAGACAUGUACAUACAUAUACAUACAACUUUUUUUGCUGAACAGCUUGCUGUUCAGGAUAAGAUCUUGCUGUAUUAUUCAUAUAUGUAUUUUUAAAGGAAUCAAACUCCUGUCAUGAAUCUUUUCUAUUUUUUCACAUGCAAAACAGUGGCUUAGGAAGAUAGUAAAUCUUUAGUAUUUCCUUUUCAUGUUCAAAAGCCCAGAACUUUGCAACCAGAAUUUGAGUCUCUGUUUCUUCUUAAGCACUACAUAUCUAGGGAGAAACAUCCUGUGACACUAUCUAAAAUUACAGCAGUAAGGUCAGAUUAAAUCCAUUUUAAAAGUGGACACAUUUUUGCUUAAGAGUGUUUAGUAUCUGGGAUUUUCAUUACUGAGGCUAGAGAUAUUUUAAGGGUUAUUUUUUGUACUCCAGUUCGAAUUUUUUCAAAGACAGAAAUUUAAAUUAUGUUCAUGCUGUGAAAACGUUGCACUUCAAUCAUGUGUUUUCAGAAAGAAGAACAAAAAUAAUUAUUGAAGUUUUUAGAACUCUCAAUUGGCUUCACUGAACCAGCUCAUUUAAAUGAAAUAUAAGGGGACAUAGUGUUCCCAUUUGUGAGUUUGUGGUUCAAUAGUAGCUCUGGUGUAAAUUUCUGAGGAAAGUGAAGAGCUGGGAGGACAGUGGCCCCACCAUCAACUCUGAGUGCAUUCCAUGUUGGGACAGGCUGUGUCACCUCUUAGCGGUUUUUGAUUCCUGUUUCCCCUCCUCCAUAAGCAUUCAGCCCCAAUGAGACUAGCAGAAUAUGAAUUCCAGCCCUGAGCAGGUUCUUUGAAGGUGCACUCAUGAAAUAAUAAUGCUGAACUAAAUACUACAGUGGUGGCAGUCUGUGCUUUGUUCUUCAUGGAAUCAGGGAAAAUACACUCUUACCAGUGUUUGGUC